CCGCCCUGCGCGCCGCGAUGCGUAGACUGGCCGCGCUGCCCGGGGCUGCCGCUGCCGCGCCGCACCAUGAAGCUCCGCAGUAAGGCGACUGCGUUGCUCCUGCUCGCGCUGGUCACGCUGCUGCUCGUGCUGCUGACCCUGCGCACUGGCCGCGCCGAGCCCCCAGCGCCACUUGCGCGCCCCGCGUCAGCCCCGCAGCGCCGUCCCACGCCGGCCCCCGCUCGCCUCCUGGGCCCCGGCGCCUUCCCGGGGGCGGGUCGGGGCGCUCAGAGGCGCCGGCCACCGCGCCCGCGCCCGCGAGCUGGCCGCUGGGGCGCGGCGAGCCUGGAAAAGUUGGCGAGGAGGCCUGGAGAACCAAGGAAUGUCCAUGCUGUGCUGCCACGUAGGCUCUGGAUGCACCUGGCCGUGGUAGCCUGUGGCAAUAGGCUGGAGGAGACACUGGUCAUGCUUAAAUCAGCUGUGCUCUUUAGCCACAGGAAGAUGCAAUUUCAUAUUUUCACAGAAGAAUCUCUGAAGCCCGAGUUUGAGAAGCAGUUACGACAGUGGCCUGACUCAUAUACAAAGAAGUUUGAGCACAGAAUCUACCCAAUCACAUUUUCAGUUGGAAACCCUCAGGAAUGGAAGAAAUUAUUCAAACCCUGUGCUGCCCAGAGACUCUUUCUUCCGGUGAUUUUAAAGGAUGUGGACUCACUUCUCUAUGUGGACACCGAUGUUCUCUUUCUGAGACCUGUUGAUGACAUCUGGAAGCUUCUGAGGCAGUUUAAUUCCACCCAGCUUGCAGCCAUGGCCCCAGAACAUGAAAUCCCCAAGAUCGGCUGGUACAGCCGCUUUGCUCAGCACCCUUUCUAUGGCUCUGCAGGAGUUAAUUCAAGAGUCAUGCUAAUGAAUUUAACACGUAUAAGAAGUGCCCAUUUCAAGAACAGCAUGAUUCCAACAGGCUUGGCUUGGGAGGACAUGUUGUACCUUCUGUACCAGAAGUACAAGAAUGCCAUCACGUGGGGAGACCAAGAUUUAUUAAAUAUUAUUUUUUAUUUCAAUCCAGAGUGUCUCUAUGUGUUCCCCUGCCCAUGGAACUACCGUCCCGACCACUGCAUGUAUGGAAGCAACUGCAGAGAGGCUGAGCUUGAAGGGGUGUCUGUUCUGCAUGGGAACCGAGGAGUCUUCCAUGAUGACAAACAGCCAACUUUCAAAGCCCUCUAUGAAGCAAUACGGGAUUUUCCCUUUCAAGACAAUCUCUUUCAAUCCAUGUAUUACCCUCUUCAACUGAAGUUUUUGGAAACUGUGCAUACUUUGUGUGGACGAAUCCCACAAGUUUUUCUGAAGCAAAUAGAGAAAACUAUGAAAAGGGCUUAUGAGAAACACGUCAUCAUCCAUGUCGGCCCCAACCAGAUGCACUGAAUAUUUCGUAUUGUUGCAAGUCAAUUAGGCAUCUCAUAAAGAAGGAAAUAGUCAUCUCUAAGCUGCCUGCAUCUUUUUUGUGUGAAUAUUUAAAGGUGCUCCAUGACAACUGAGUUUUAAAAGCCUUGUUAAAUGUUGCUAAAUUAGUUGCCCCUAAAACGAAACAUGCUUUAAUUUUUUUUCUAAAGUGCUAUUUAUCUCACUGGUUUUUAAAAAAUAUAUUAUUACUCAUUUAACACUGUUCAAGCAGGUUGAGCUAGCUGUGAAAAGGAACUUUUUGUCAGCCUUCCAAUUCCUGUUAAGUUUCUGAGAAAAUAUCAGUGACAUCUGAGGCAGUAUAUUUAUCUUGUAUCCCUGCAGCUCUUUCUAUGCAAUUGGCUCCCCCUUACUGUUGUAAUAAAAGUAAUAUAUGCUUGUAAAACAAGCAAACAAAUUUUAAAAACUUGUAGAGAAUGUAGUUCAGUGAACCAAAAUCAAGAUUAGAUUAGCCAUAAUCCUACCAACCAGUGAAAAAGAUUGUUAUGUUUAAUGUAGUUCCUUUCAUUUUUAAAUUUCUAUAUUUUUUUUCCUAUUUCUAUAUUUACUCAUGGUUACCUUCCAUUGUAACACAUAUCUAAAACAAGUAGUCAGAGUAAAAGCUGGCCCCUAAGCUGAGAUUUUUAUGUAGGAGACUAAGAAGUUACACAAAAUGGUUAUUAUUACAGUGCGUUAUUUAAAAUACAUCUGAGAGAAACAUUCAGAUUUCAGCUAACUGAGCAGUGUUAAAAGAUGAAGCAUAUGUGGGGGUGUUUUUCUAAGAAAACUUAUUUACAUUUGUGGAAGACCAAAUCAUAAGAAACAUCUGUGCAACCAUAGCUUUUGAAGGAAAAUUCAGUAAUUGUAUUAAACCUACGGGGUCUGUUUAGCAAAGAAAUGUGAUUUUGUGUUUACCCACAGACAAAAAACAUUUUAUCUGUUGUAUCAUAAGUGGGUGUGGCCUCUUCUCUUUAAACUCUUGGGCAAUAGUUGGAAAUUAAAGGCUAACAUUAAAUUUAAUGUGUACUAAAUAGACUAAAUAGUUCAGCUGAUGCAUUGGCAAGAAAAUUCAACCUCCUACCAGCCUUAGAAAGUUCUCUUUAAAGUUUUGUUUUCUUCUCUAGAGUUACCCAGCUCGUAGCCAAGGAACGAGGCAGGUCUUAUCACCUAGCUACAGUAGAGGAAGUUCUAUAUUCUGUUCCCUAAAGGGAUCUGACUUAAGCCCUAGUUGCUCACUAACUGGUAUCAGCAUAAGGGCAUUUUGCAUAAUGCUUUAUUUAUUUCAAAAAAAAAAAAGUUUGAGCAUAAAUGAUCUCCUUAAUGCUCGCAACAGCCAUGUGAACUUAGUGGCCUGUAUUAUCUCUACUGGGUAAAUAAGUAAAUUGUAACACAAAGAAACAAACGUACCCAAUAUAAUUGCUAUUCUGUAAGAUAUACAGAUAUGUAGAAUAUACAUCCUAUUUUACAGAGAAAUAUUUGGAAACAAGCAUAUUAAAUGCUUUUCAUUACAUAUAGACAGCAAUCUGAAAGUAUAAGAUGAAACAUAAUAUUUUGUUAAUGUAAACAUGGUAUCUUAUAUAUUAAAAUUCAGGAGGACAUCAUAGGUUCUCUAUCAGUAGAUAAAGUCUUGCCCUGAAAAAAUAUAUGAAAAUCUCAGCACUGCAAAGAAAUAUAUAGAUAACAAUCAAUGCUGAUAUAUAGAACCAUUAUGGUAGUAGAAAAUUUAAAUCCGAAAUGUUAGAGUAAUAUCCCAUAUUUUCCCUUUGAUCAAUUUGUGGUUUAUUAUUUUUAUUAAGGAAAUUAUCAUUAUGAUGUGAAACUCUUAUCUUUACUGUUGUCUUUCAUGUUUCAUCAUUUCACCACUAAAGGUGACAUCAUUUAUUAUUUUAUAUCUAAUGGAUGUGGGGCAAUUUUUUUAUUGUCUUUUGGAUGGGGGAAAAUGCUAUAUACCCACAAACAGGGUUUUAGUGAUAGACCCAGGAUGUGGCCGUGAUUCCCUGACGUCUAUUCCAGUUUUCUUUGUACUAGGUCAGCAUGGCCAGUGAAACCUAUAAAUGUCACUCAGAUUUGUUGGUGGCUCACAGACCUAAAGAAGUUCCUUUCCUCUUUUGGUGAGUCCCACAAAAAUAUCUGUUAUAAAGACUUUGAAUUCAGCAAUGCCUUUUAUGAGGUUUACCCACAAUUCUCAACUAUUGGUUCUGGUUUGAACAUGCAGAAAGGAUUUCCAGUAAAGGUCAAUCAUACUUGUAGAACUCUAGAACAUUCUAGAAUGAUGCAUUAUGAGAAUGUAAAACCUUAGAAUUCAGUAUGGUUUUCUGCCUUGGAAUCCCUUUGCUGUAUCCUGAAAUUUUAAGUUAAUUUGGUGGAGAAUUUAGAGAAAAUUGGUUCUUCCAAUUCCUGCUGCCUGAAAUUCUCAUUAUUUUCUAUAGUUAGGAUGUUACCAUGAGGAACUAUGUUUUCUGCCUUUGAUAAUUCCCAGAAAACUACUACAUUAGUGCCUUUGAAAUUUAGUAACCACAAAUUUUAAUUCAGUGGACUCCUAAAAUAUGCAGUCUGUGGUCUGAAAUUUGCCAAAUUGUGUAUUACCUAAUAUGCCACAUUGAAUCUCUAUGGGAAGGACAUGAGUCUGGUUCUCUCUUCUCCUCCUCUCCUGUCUUGUCCUCUCCUAAUCUAUUCUCUUCUCAUUUCCUUUAAAGUUCUGUUGAGUACAUUUGAAUAUAGAAUUCCAUUGGAAAAUGAAAGAACACUUUCUAAUAGCAAAAUGUGACAGUAUUUUGGUAUGCAUUGAGAUUGAAAUUUUUAUUAGCCAGUUCCCUAGAAAUGCUGACAAUAUAUGUCUUGCUGAGUUUUUAUUUUUCCAAUAUACAUCUCAGAAAUUGAGACUUACGUUGAAAAUUUCAUAUUUAAAAAUUUAACUAAUUGGAAAAUCUACUUAAGUUUACCUUCAACUUUAAAAGUAACAAUUUGCAUUAGCAUAUAAUGUUCCAAGCUUUACAUUUAUUUGAGAUUUCUGUUACAUUUUCAAAGCUUCCACUGCAAAUUGCUGUGACUUUUACUGAAUUUAUUAUUGAAAGGGGUAUUUAUAUGAACUCAUAGAUGUUUAAGAGUAUUUAUCUUAUUGCAAUUAUGGUGUUCAUAAAACAAACCAUAAAAAAGCAGUAUUUACAGCCAUAAAAUAGUGAUCCAUUAAUGGAACAAUCACUCCAGUCAACACAGAAGAUAGGACAACAUUCAUACAAUUUUAGGUAAAUGUAUGAAUGUUGCCUGAUACUUACACACACACAAAAAGAGAUAAAUUGCAUGUGUUAAUAAACCAAAAUGAACAUGACUUCAUGACUGAAUUAAGAAAUACGUUGAAUUCAGGAAUAUGUUGAAUUACACAGGAGCACAAAUCAUCAUAUUCUCACUUAACAGAAUGGUAGGGAACUUUCUCAUGUUUUUCUACUUUUUCAUUAUACUUUUUUUCAUUUUUUUCUUUCCCUUCCUGUCUUGGAUGUAAGCUUCAGAGUGGUACCAAGGUGCUUAGCAUUAGUGGCAGAGUGACAGAACUUUGGAAUCUCUGUGCAGGCCAAAUUAAGUUCUAAUCCCUAAAUCUUUAUGUUAAUAACUUUCCAAACAUUUUAAAAAGCAUAUAAAACACACACACACACACACACACACACACACACACACACACACACCACAUGCCUUUUAAAGAAGGAACCAGCAUUUUUUGUGCUUUUAAAUUGAAUUCUUGUGAAACCUUAUGUCACAUCAUUUCACAAUUGCAGUGCUGGUAUUUAAGGCUGAUGAGAAUUCUCUGGCAAACAAAUAGAGAACUUUGUCCUAGUUUUUGUUCUUAACAGGUUGAAACUGGAAAUAUUCUCUUGAGAAUUCAAGAUAAAACAUUUGUGUUUGUGUUACCAUAUGCAUAAACACAUAAGAAUCAUAUGAAACUGCUGCUUCAUCAGUUUUACAUAUUUGUAUUCUCAUUGAAAAGUGUACCUAUUUUUUAUAGCUCCCAAGGAGAUGCUGAAUUCAUUUUUUAUGUUGGAAAACUUUUUGUAGUAAUUUUUCUUUGGGAAGAAAUGAGCAUAAAAAGAAUACUCUAAAGGAAUUAUUACAGCAAAUUACAAAGAAC